GUUUGUAAAGAGGCAUGAGAUGCUAGUUAUCUUUCAAGCGUCUGCAACGGAUGUGAAGCCGCGCCCGUAGAAGGAAUUGUGGGACAAUAAAUGACCGGCUGAUGCUGAACAGCCAGAGAGAUGGAAGAUGGAAACUGUCGAUUACACUUUAUUGGGACUUACAACAUUUAUAUUUGCAGCAUGGAUUUUUAACUGGUCUUUACAUAUCGUAUCACUAAUUUACGGGAGAUGGAAAUUCAACAGGAAAUUGACUCCUGCGGUCCCUUUGGAGGAGCUCCCCGGUGUCUCCAUCAUCAAGCCGCUGUUGGGAGUUGAUCCACAUCUAUUUGAAAACUUAGAGUCCUAUUUUAACAUUAAAUACCCUCAAUAUGAGCUCCUAUUUUGUAUUCAAGAUGAAAUGGAUGCUGCCAUCAUGAUCGUCCAAAGUCUUCUAAAAAAAUAUCCAAAUAUUGACGCCAAAGUAUUUGUAGGAGGAAAACCUGUGGGCAUUAACCCCAAAAUUAACAACAUGAUAUCGGGCUACAAGGCAGCUAAAUACGACCUGGUACUCAUAAGUGACAGCGCCAUCUACAUCUCGGAGGAUGCAGUGCUAGACAUGGUUUUAACACUGACAGAAAACACGGGCCUAGUCCAUCAGAUGCCGUACGCCUGCACAAGAAAGGGAUUCGCGUCACACAUGGAGAAGAUCUUCUUUGGAACCCAGCAUGCCAAAAUGUACCUGGUGGCCAACCUGUUGGGGAUUAACUGUGCUACAGGGAUGUCAUCUCUGAUGAGGAAGGAGGUGAUUGAUGAGGCUGGAGGACUUUCACACUACUCACAGUAUCUUGCAGAAGACUUCUUCUUUGCAGAGACAUUCCUCAAAAAGGGAUGGAAAAUUAGAAUUUCACACCAAACAGCAAAACAGAAUUCAGGAUCAUACUCAGUGUCAUAUUUAUAUAACCGAUUGACAAGGUGGGCCAAGCUGCGUACAGCCAUGAUUCCGUCACUGAUAUUCUGGGAGCCGGUAUCCCAGUGUCUCGUGCUGGGCGUCAUGAAUGCUCUGUCCAUGGCCUACCUUUUCAAUUGGACAGCCUCUGUCAUCUUCUUAGUGCACUGUUUGAUUUGGUUCCUGCUCGACUACAUACUUAUCAAGAUUUUAGAGGAUGGACCUCUUCCUUUCUCCAAAUUUGAAUUCCUGGUCGGUUGGAUAAUGAAUGAGGUUUCCUAUUUGUGCGUGAUAGUUCGCUCCCACUGGGACUCCACCAUUGUCUGGAGGACAAAACGUUUCCGUCUCCGCUGGGGUGGUAUCGUAGAGGAACUCCACACGAAACAAACAGUGUAGCACAAGGGAAAUAACUCUAGAUUCUAUUCAUCCAAAACCAUGUUUCAAUUAAAUACAAUUGAAGGGAGCUUCCAGAUAACAGCAGGUUAUAUUACCAUGGAAACAGAGAUCAUCUUCAUCAGUUGUACCAUUGCAUUAUCACCAUGUUAGUAAGUUAGAGAAUUGUGCUGUACCCAGACAUAUCAAUAUCAUCUCAAGUAUAGGUCUGCUGAUUGGCUGACAGCACAACCAUGGCAACAUUGUCAGUGACUGUACCCUGAUCACACCCCCAAAUAAUCAUGGACUGGUCCACUGCUGGAAUGGUGGAUUGCUUCUGGAUUUGAUCAGAUGUCCUGUUGACAAGGCGGACAACUCUCAGUCACACGAAUGGGUGUUGUCAUACACAUCAGCAAAGUACUUCGAGAUCUUGGAGAACAGACUUAAAAACUCCCAUCAUGAGAUUACGUUAUUUUGAUAACAGUUAGGAACCAUGUAGAAAAGAUUACUCAAUGCAAUUCAUUGGUCACUCAUUAAAAUGUUAACCUGAAACAGUCACAGAGAAGUGAAGAGUUCCUGGGCAUGAAUCUUAUUCACCGGCAAUCAUAUCAGAUAGACCUAAUACUGAAAAGCCAUUUUGAAUAGUGUAACAAUUAUCAGAUAGUGUUUUGUAAAAUGUGCAUGAUCUGGCUACAUUCUAUGUUCUUUUAUUUUACAAAAGCCAGCACUCAACAUAAAUUCACCAACUUUUUUAAGACGCUUGCUUAAAAUGUAUCAUCAUUCGUUUAAAUCUUGACCAGUAUAAACUUUCACACCAUUCCUAUUUUAUUUUCCAUAGAUGUUAACGUAAGUGAGUGCUUGGAUGUGAAGUCUGUCUCUACUGCUAUGUUAAUUCUGGUUCAGUGGGGUAACUAUAUUUAUUUUUGACUUGUUGAGAAGGAGGCUUGUCUGGUUCUGUGCGAUGAGUACAGUGAACAGUUGUUUUUGACUUCGUGAGAUGGGAGCUUGUCCGCUGUGUGGACUUGUUCGAUUGUUAAGUGUGUUUUUAAGUGAUUGUUAUAUGUUUUAAAGGUGCUGAAAUGAGUAUACGUUGUAUGUACAUGCCAGAAAGAUACUUUUAAGUGAUAUUAACUUCAACAUGAUUUUUUAAAAGAAUUUGCUUACAAUUUCAAGGUGCAAUCUUUAUGUUGUCCUCUAUGUAGAGUUUCUUGCCAGAUAGAGAUUUGUUUAGUUGUAUCAGAUCAUUGUGUAACACCUCUAGUCUUGCCGUCUUUAUGCCAAUAUUGUCAAACGUUGUUCAUUGAUGAGCUUCCCCGAUAUGUCAGGGUAAGUUAAGUUUCAAAACAAAUUACUUCCAAAAUAAAUUUUACAAUGUAAUAAUGUAUGCAUAUAUAUUGAUUACUGAUAAAAAACUUUACACAUUUUAGUAAUUUUUAAUAAUUUUCAAGGUUUUUUUACACCUGUUUUAAUCAAUAGUUUUAGUAAAGAACAAUCAUUGUAACUUGAAUAGACUUCAAAAUGUUGUUACAUAUAAUUUCCUUUCUGUUCCUUAACCUUAUUUCUUCACUUUUUAAUAAUGAGUAUUUUUGCGUGUACUAACAUUAUUUCUCUUGUUAAUAUUGACCAUCUCUAAAAUAAAACUACAGGAAAAGGUUGUACAUGUACUCUCUUUAGAAGUUAAGAUUUUUUAGAUGAUUUGACCAUUAUUGUGAUAAAAAACCUAAUAUUGUACAAUGAUGACGGUUGCUAGGUAAUGCUUCCUAAAUGAUCAUGAUAAUAACAUUGAAAUUUUGACACCCAUUUUCCACUGGAUACAAUUCCUCACUGGAAAUGAAUUUUUAUCCACAGGAUAUUAACUUUCUUUAAAACUUCAUUAUCCACUGAAAAUUUAGUUUUAUCCACAGGGUAUAAAUUGUUAUUCACUGGAUAUGAACUGUAACCAACAGGAUAUUAGCUGCUAUCCACUGAAUAUAACCACUUACCUCUUGAUAUUACCUGUCCAUAGUCACUGGAUAUAACAAUUAUUCAAUGAAUUUAAGUGUAUCCACUGGAUAUGAACUGUAACUAACUGGAUAUUAGCUGCUAUAUACUGACUAUAGCCAUUAUCCUUUUGAUAUUAACUGCCCAUAGUCACUGGAUAUAACAAUUAUCCACUGAAUUUAAGAUUUUUAUCCACUGGAUAUGAACUGUUAUUUACUGGAUAAAACUGUUAUCAACUGAAUAUAACCAUUGUCCACUUGAAAUUAACUGUCCAUAGUCACUGGAUAUAACAAUUAUCCACUGAAUUUAAGAUUUUUAUCCACUGGAUAUGAACUGUUAUUUACUUGAUAAAACUGUUAUUUACUGGAUAAAACUGUUAUCAACUGAAUAUAGCCAUUGUCCACUUGAUAUUAACUGUCCAUAGUCACUGGAUAUAACUAUUAUUCAAUGAAUUUAAGUGUAUCCAUUGGAUAUAACAGCUAUCCACUGGAUAUUAAUUGUUAUUCAAUGGAUAUGAACUGUAAUUUCCUGAAUAUAUCCACUGGAUAGGACCAUUAUCCUCUGGUCAGAUGUGUUUCACGUCAGUAGAUGUAGUACUCUUACUAUCAUGUUCUGUAUUUAGAUUUGUACACAAUCACAGAUUAACCAAUGCUUAACGUGAGCCAAGUGAGAAGGAAAUAGUCGCAUGUUUACUUUUUAUUAGACAAAAGUCUGUCUAGAACUAUCUGUCAGAAACAAAUCUGGAAUGGUUUGGCAGACAAAAGUCUGUCUAGAACUAUCUUUCAGAAACAAAUCUGGAAUGGUUUGUCAGACAAAAGUCGGUCUAGAACUAUCUGUCAGAAACAAAUCUGGAAUGGUUUGUCAGACAAAAGUCUGAAACAGUUUGUCAGAAUCCCUUUGGAUCAAGCAUAUUUACUUUUAACUCAUUCACCUCCGAAAGACACAUUUGAACUCGUCCAAUUCAAAGGUUGGAAUAGCUCAUUAUGCAAUUUCAGGGAUGAAUGAGUAAAGAUAAAUAAUUAUUAGAUAUAAAUGAUACAUCUAUUAUUACCAUGGAAACGAUAUGUAUAUGAUCUGUGUAUCCAACUCAUCUACAACAAGUAGUGUAACACAAGAGGUUUUUCUAUAACAAUCAUUUAUCAAAUAAAUAUAUAUAUAUAUAUAUCAGCACUGAAAUACAUGACAGUUUUUCCAUCAAAUGUUUUAAAGAAUCUCAUAUUUAUUUACUUUAGAACAGCAUUAUAAAGAAUCCUAUUACUCAGUACGUGAACCUAUUUUAGAGACAACAUGAACGUGUUUAAGUAUUAACUAUUUAAACCUCCCUAUGUUAAACUAUGUCUUCUCCCUAUUAUCACAGAUAUUAUAAGUUAUUUUGUGUCAUAUAUUUCUAUUGUUAAACAUCCUUCCUGUCAUUGCUAUUAUUUCCAGAUUAGAGAUAGUUGAACCAGCUAAUACUGUAUCCGACAGUCUUGAUGCUAGCUACAAGGUUACCUCCCUUUGCUGUAGAAAUGUGUUUGAAAGGCAAUUGAACAAAUGUUAUUGAUAUUUGUUUCAAUUUUCUAUGACACAUCUAUUAUAUAUAGUUGUUAAUUGCUGGCUAAAUUAUCCAGAUAUUAAAUGAUGUAUGACACAUUUAGAAAAUAGUACAAUAUAUAUAACACAUAUACACUGUUAGAAUUGUUAUAUACAAUGUACAUUAAUACAUCUCAAGGACUUAAAGAUACCUGAUAUAUAAAAUCGCUUCCAAAUGAACAGUUGAUAACAUUUUACUGAGAGAGAGGUAAUCUUUAGUUCUCCACACCAUAUAUGUGAUAUAUAAAUGUAUCUAUGGUUCAAAUUAUCAAGCAUGUGCACGGAAUUCCAUGCGUAGAUCUUCCCUUGUACUGGAUGUCUAUGAUUGUGAUCAAUUUAUGUCUUGUAGAACUCCACACAGACCAGCCUGCUGACAUUAUGGACAAGGACUUUAUAUUAGUGCAGUAUUUGUUUUAAUCACUAUUCUCAAAACUGCAUAUAACAUAUUCUUGUUGAUGGAAUCAGUAGGAGAUGUUCUAUAUGGUCUUGGUGCUAGAUUUCAUCACGUUAUUAUGUUGUGUAUUUGAGAUUGACUUUUUUUAUACGUCAUUGAUUGGGAUAUUUUUAUACUUUAGGUCAUUCCCUGGUUUGAUUUUGUUCAUGUGUAGAAAGUAAAGGCUGUCCCCACUGUCACUGCAUGACUUGUUACCAUAGUAACGAUGAUUAGUGGCAGAUGCCAUUUUGUACUAGGUUGCAUGUAUGAAUGUAUUUGUUUGAUCCCGUUACUUGUGCUGUGGUAGUGAUGUAGCAGCUCAUUUAGCUCUGUAAUUGAUGUGCCUUCGUACUUUCUUUAAUACACAAAAUAGAUUAACAGGAGGAUUUCAAACACCGAUGUCUAACCUUACAUGAAGAUGUGUCUGGGAUGAGAGAUUCAUUCUUCGUCCUACAGUGAUGUGUAGUCAAUGACGUGUUGCUCCCCUGUCAGAUCUUGUGUAUGCAGACUUUUGAGUUUCUUAGACAUUUAGAAGUAUAAGUUUCCUUAGUAUUGGAUUUGAAUUAAAAAUUGUCCAGAAAUCAUAAAAAUGAAAUAAUUUAUCAUCUCAUAAGCUCAUAAUAGCCUGAAUAAUACUCUCUUUGAUUUUGGGCAUCUUAAAAAAUUGUUUUCAAAAAUGCUUGCAACAUGAUAAUGAAACAAAAGUUGAAAGUACAAGGACAGUGACAUCUGUAUCCCCCAGAUGUUUGAUGAUAUAACAUUGUGGAGUGCGUCUCGUUACCGUAGUUACAGUAAUUGAUGUACUACCUACCUCCAGCAACCCCUUCCCUGUUGACUAACCAGUCCAGAUGUAGUUGUGCCAAUAAUACUUGUAUCAUAAUACAAUCUCCACGACACAAAUCUUUUUUUUUUCAUUUUUAAACAUUUUCAAGUUUUUACCAGUACUUAGUACAUUCAAGGAUGGUUUGUUUGUUUUAUUUUCUUCCCCUAAAGUUGAUUUUAAAUCAUAGGUCAUAGGUCAUAAAACCUCUUUUGAAACAUCCAUGUAAGGUUGAUCUUUUAUUUUUUAACUUUCAGUUAUAAACAGUCAUCAUGACUUAGUAUUGGUGUAACUGGUUUAUGUACACACUGUUGUAUGAAUGUGUGGAUUUGUAUGAAAUAUAAUUGAUAUAUUGUACACACAGUUUACACUUUGUACGUAAUUGCCGAAUUGCAAUGAAGGAUUUGACAACAGUUACAUGAUUUUCAAUCUAACAAAACCAUAAUGAUAUAGAUGUACCAAUUUUUGACAUCCUGAAAUCGUUCAAGAUUUGCACCGUUUAUGAAAACACAGCUUUUGUUCAUUUUGUAAUGCUGUCACAAAACUAAACCUGAACAAUUUCUCUCGGUGUUAUUAAAUAUAAUUUUCAUCUGUUGUUAAUGCUCUCCAUUCCUAGUGUUGAAGAGCUCAAAAGACAGCUAAUCAAUUUUGGAUAUAGAUUUCCGGUGGUUUUCUCCAAUUCAAUGUCAUAUAAAGAUGUUUUUUGGUGUGUACAGUAGUUAAUUGGAAAACAGGAUUUUUAUUAUAAAACCCCUGUGCUUUGUUUGAUUUGAAAUUGCCACAGAGAUUUUGACCUACACUUUAAAGCUGAAAUGUACUGCUAAUAUAUCCUGGGGGGGGG